CUCCCGGAGCGCCGGGCCGCGGGGACUGCAGCUGACGGCCCGGGGCGCGGCGGCCGGGCGGCCGUCUCCGCGGGCGGGGAGCGAGCGCGUGUGUGCGCGAGAGCGGCGGGCGGCGGCGGGAGGAGGCGCAGGCGCGCUGCUCGCCCGUCUGCAGCCCCGCGCCCAGCGCCGUGUCUCGGGGAGUUGAUGGCAGCACCACGGUGCGGCCGCCCUGCCGAGCGCCGAGCGCAGCCUCCCGCCGCUGCCCGGGGAGCGUCCAAGAUGCGGGGGGCUCGUGGCGGCAGCGGCCGCAGCAGCGCCAGGGACGGGGGCGCGCAGCAGCCUCCGCUCGCCCUCCUGUGCUGACCUGCCUCGCCUGCCCCCAGAGAAUGUCAGCCAAGUCCAAGGGGACCCCCUCCUCGUCCUGUCCAGCCGAGGGACCGCCGGCAGCCUCCAAAACCAAGGUGAAGGAACAGAUCAAGAUCAUCGUGGAGGAUCUGGAAUUAGUACUGGGCGACCUGAAGGACGUGGCCAAGGAACUUAAGGAGGUGGUUGACCAGAUUGACACCCUGACCUCUGACCUACAGCUGGAGGAUGAGAUGACCGACAGCUCCAAGACGGACACCCUGAAUAGUAGCUCCAGCGGCACGACGGCCUCGAGCAUAGAGAAGAUCAAAGUGCAGGCCAAUGCCCCUCUCAUUAAACCCCCCGCACACCCCUCUGCUAUCCUCACUGUCCUGAGAAAGCCAAACCCUCCGCCGCCUCCCCCACGGUUGACACCUGUGAAGUGUGACGACCCCCAAAGAGUGGUGCCAGCCGCCAAUCCUCUAAAGACCAAUGGAACCCUUCUGCGAAACGGAGGCUUGCCAGGGCCGCCGAACAAAAUUCCCAACGGAGAUGUCUGCUGCAUCCCCCCCGGUACCUUGGACAAGGCUCCAGCACAGCCUCUGAUGCACAGACCUGAAAAAGACAGGUGUCUCCAGGCAGGACCUCGGGAGCGAGUUCGGUUUAAUGAGAAAGUGCAGUACCAUGGCUACUGUCCGGACUGCAACCCCCGGUAUAACGUAAAAAACAGGGAGGUCCACUUACACAGCGAACCUGUCCACCCACCGGGAAAGCUUCCUCACCCAGGCCCCCCGCUUCCUCCUCCACCCCAUCUCCCUCCUUUCCCCCUAGAGAAUGGGGGACUGGGAAUAAGCCACAGUCACAGCUUCCCCCCUCUCAGACCUGCAACUGUGCCUCCUUCCACUGCACCAAAACCACAGAAGACGAUCUUGAGGAAAUCAACCACUACCACAGUGUGAUGUAUGCCAUUUCAAAAACUUUUUGUGUUUUUUUUUAAUUUCUAUAUUAUAAACAUAAAAUAAUAAAUAAGGAGCACUUUCUACUCAAGCAAUAAAAAGCCCAAAUAUAUUAAUUCUGCAUUCAGCAAAGUGGCAUAAAAAAAACCACCUGGUAAGUAUGCCGUGUGUUGUUUCUAUCCCAGGUUUACGUUAUUUAAAAAGUUGUAUCACCAGAAACCACAGAACCAUGAAAAGGCUGAAGAUGUUGUGUGUGUGUGUGUGUGUGUGUGUGUGUGUGUGUGUUUAACUGACCUGUGAUAAACAGUGACCUGCAGGUUUCAAAUAGUUUGGUUUACUAUAAGAGAUGGAAUUAGAUUCAUUUUAUUCAUGCCUAACUCAUCUAUGCAUUAAUAACAUAUCACCCCCCCCCAACUUCAACCCGAUGCUUUUUAGGAAGAAAUUUUAAUACUGAAGGACUAUUUUGUUAUUUUUUUUCUAAAGAUGUUUGUCACUAGUUUUACAUUAUUAAAUGCUGAGAACAAUACCAAAAAGUUUAUUUUCUAUACUAUACAAUUAUAUGUUCAAGCUAUCUAUGUAAUGAAAGAUUUUGUCUGUGGAAAUGUCAUGUGUCAAUAAACAACAGUACAUAAUGGCA